AUGUAUAGAUGGCUUAGUUUUCCAUUACGCCGUACCACUUGUAGAGUCAGUGAAUGGCGUCCAUCUCACUUGCGGUUCUCACUUCGAUUUGGAUCUAGUGUCGCCGGUACGUUUUACCCUGAAUCAGAUACUGCGGGAUCGAACACAAUGCAAAACGACAUUCACUUAGGUAUCGUCAUCAAACCUCAAAGCACCUUGACCGAACUCUGGGAACAGGCUGUAAAAGCGUGGCCAUAUCGAAGGUUCCUUGGUGCCAAGAUGUGGGUACGUGGUAAGCUGGGGUACAUAUGGGCUACCUACGAAUCUAUCGCUAAAGAAAUUGAUGUCAUGCGAAUCCUGCUACAUAAAAUGGGUGUUGAUAAGGGCUCUCGCGUGAUUGUUAUUAGCGAAAAUCGUUAUGAGUGGGUAGUUGUGCACUUUGCGACAAUGCAGCUAGGUGCACAAUUCGUUGCCUUACCCACUAAUAUUACGCCAUCUGAGGCACAGUUGGUAACACGUACCACACAGUCAAAAGUGCUUUUCGUGGAAACAACAACCUCGUAUGCAGCGGUAAAAGGGUGGAUUGGUUGCGUUGGACAGUUGGAGCAUGUUAUUUGCUUCGAGGACCAACUUGGGGAAGCAAGCUACACCGUAGCGAUUAAUAUAUCAGCGGAUGUUCCGGAAAAGGUAGCGCCACGAACGGAUAUCAAAGCGGAGGAUACGGCAAUGAUCAUGUUCACCUCCGGGACAGCAGGACCCCCAAAGGGAGUGAUGCUUUCACACAAAGCUAUUGUAGCCAACAUCAGCUCUGUUUACGCUAGCCUAGGUGAGGCACUGACACACACUGACCUCUUUAUGUCCCUGUGUCCUUGGUCUGUUGCAGGCGCCCUAACGGCAGAGCUGUAUCAGGCAAUCUGCAAAGGGGCUUGUAUUUGCAUUCCCCCAGAACUUAUCGAGGGGUUUCAGGAUCUACCUCUUGUCAACCCUAGCGUUAUUGUGUCUGUUGCGCAACCAUUUCAACGAGCUUAUGCUAAUAUUGUAGACGAUGUCAUGAAUCGAGGGACCUUUACAAAGGAUCUCACCCGCCUUACGAUUGGUCGUAUCACGGAAAAUCGCCUUAUGAUGAAAAAACCAGGCCGAGUGCUGCGAGCCUUUUCAAACAUGCUACUUGGGAAGUUUAAGGAGCAGUUUGGCACUGAACUACGUAUUACUAUUAUUAUUGGCCAUCAGCUCACAAAAGAUCAAGCAGAGUUAAUGGCGGAUCUGGAUGUGUUUGUAGUGAGUACCUACGGCUGUUUGGAGGCUGGUGGACUUAUUUCUACAGAUAUCGAUGUCCCACAACGUUUGAGGGCACUUCCUGGUAUCGAAGUGCGCAUCAUAAAUGAUAAAAAUGAAAUUGUUGCUCCUGGCGACUUGGGGGAGAUUCUUGUAGAGUCACCUCACGCUAUGCAGGGCUACUUUGACGUUCAUAUCGACCCAGAAGAAGCAAAAAACUCCCUCAUUGAGUACGGGAGUCGCUCAUUUGUGCGAACAGGUGACUAUGGCUCUAUGACCGGCGGCUGGAUGACUGUAAAAGGCAACAAGGAUGUCCUUAUUACCUUGGCUAACGGGAAGACUGUGAAUCCACUCGAAAUUGAAACCACAUUAUCGAAGAGUCCUUUCAUAAAGCAAGUUUUCGUCUAUGGAAAUAAUCAACCAUAUGUUGUUGCUCUUGUGGUGCCGAAUGCCAAGGCGAUCGCGGCACAUCUGCGCAAAGUAGAGCGACGCGAUGGGCUUCCUAUUGUCAGUGAACGAGAGAAAGCGGAUACUGUUCGUGCAGAAUUGAGGCGUGUGUCGAAGAACCUUCCGCCUCGUACCCAUGUUCGUCGGUUUGCCUUUGUCGAUGAGUUUACUCUAGCGAAUGGCUUUAUAACGGCUAAGAUGGGCUACGCACGGCAGAAGAUCGAGAAUCACUAUGUUCACUACUUUGAAGCUUUAUACGAUGAAACUCCAAAGUUUUAUGGGUUCGCUGUUGACGAUUAUGAUGAUCUUUUUUAG